UGAAGUUGGAGCAGCAGACUGCCCUGCUGAUUUGUUAGUGUGAGCGUCGUUGAAGUUGGACUUACCUCUUCUGGCAUACGCUGUUGAUUUGUAGCGUUAUUAUGCACGUCGUGCUGGAGCAACGUUUGCUAACAUACCAUGCUGAUUUGUGACGUAAAUAUGAGCGACUUUGAAGAAAGUUUUCGCUACCAUACCAGCAUGCUGAUUCCUGAGUUUGAAAACGUUUCCUUCAACUUAAACACUUCACAGAUUAGCUCCAAUCACAUCAUUUCUCAACCUAUCGUGGACCACAUAACCCAUAUUGAAGCAUGAUGUACGUCUAGACCUUCACGAAGAAUGUGAUAGACAACCUUUACACUUCCAACUGAUGAAAUCAUUGUCUACACACAAUGACUUGUCAGGAAAUGAAUUCCCAAAAAACGACAUAUAACUGAAAUUUCUUGGAUAUUGACAUUUCAAAUUCGAAUUUGAUGUCCAUAUCCAAGAAAUUUCAGUUAUAUUCCAUUUUAAUCGAAUUCAUUUCCUGAUGAAGCGUUUGCAAAGGCACUGCUGAUCAUGUCACUUAUCACUCAAACCUUUCGAUUGGUGUGCAAGACUUGAAUUGUACACCUAAAGGCUGCAUCAUAGUUUAGAAUCUGCUGCUUUAGUCACUCUGAACAUGAGAAUUGAUGACAGCUGAUACUCAAU